AUGAAAGCGUACACACAGUAUGCAGCAGCAAUUGCUACCAUUUUGCCCUCGGGCCUCAGCUCCCCUUUGAAUGCAAGAGGGAACACCAGCAUGGUUUAUAAUUUCUCCGAAUUGACCGCGAGCCCAUCACUUGCUUGGUCCCCAUGUUAUAGCAACUUUACCUGUGCCUUGCUAGAAGUCCCACGCGACUACGCCAACAAAACCGCCGGCACCCUCAACAUCGCCAUCAUCAAGAAACCCGGCCCAGCCCCCAACGCGCAAGAAGUCCUCGUCAACCCCGGCGGCCCCGGCGGCUCAUCCGUCAGCAUGAUCCUCUCCAGCUCCGCCUUAAUCGAAGCCAAAAUCGGAACCGACUACUCGCUUGUCGGCAUCGACCCCCGCGGCAUAAACAACAGCGAACCCUCGAGCGACUGUUUCCCCGGCUACUCCUUCCAAACCCGCAACGCCAUCCUCUCCGAACCCCUAGGCCUUGCAGACAUAACCUCUGAAAAAGCACUAAAAACCCAUUACCAAUCCCUCCUCGGCUACGGAAAAUGGUGUUCAGACAUGUACUCUGUAAACGGCACCGCACGCUACGCCAGCACUGUCGCCACAGCACAAGACAUGCUACACUACAUCCAGCUCCGCGCCGCCGACACGGGAAAAGCGCCAGAGGAAGCAAAGCUAUGGUACUACGGUAUAAGCUACGGCUCCAUCCUCGGACCCACCUUCGCCAGUCUCUACCCUUCGCACGUGGGCCGCAUGCUCAUAGACGGCGUGCUCGAUCUCGCCGAUUACUACGACGGCGGCUGGGAAACCGCCACAGACGAUAGCGACAAAGCCGCGCGCUACUUCUUCCAGCAAUGUUUCGACGCGGGUCCCGCGCUCUGCUUGUUCCAUCAAAACGCUUCGUCGCCACAGGUGAUUCAAGAUCGCUAUGAAGCGCUGCUUGAAGAGCUAAAGCAACACCCUUUUUCGGUGGCGCAGGCAAUUCCGGAUCCGAAGAAUCUGCUCACGGUGCCCGGAGCGCUGCCGCCGACGCCGUAUGUGUUGCAGUGGACGGAUAUCUCGAGUCAGGUUUUCGCUACGCUGUACUAUCUUAACCCGGUGCUUGUGGUGCUGAUGGAUUACUUGCUUCUCGCCUUGCAAAAUCGGGACGUGUCGAUUCUAUCUAGUAUCACGCUCAAAGCCCAGAUUAACAGUUUUAGCCCCAGCUACGAUGAGCGCAUGGGGCGGACGCUAGUGGUAUGUCUAGACUCGGAUGGAAGGUCGAAUUAUACGGCGUUUGAAGAUUACAAGGGAUUUGUGGAGGGGAUGCAUAAGAAGAGUAAAUAUGGGGGACUGCAUGUUGCCGCACUGAGUGGACCCGUGUGCAGUCAGAUGCAGGUGAGGGCGCCUGAGAGCCAGCGGUUUGAUGGAGUACCGAGAGUGAAUGGGACAGAUACGCCUAUUUUGUUUGUGUCGUCGGUUGCGGAUCCUGUAACGCCUUUGUCGGCGGCGAGGAAGAUGAAUAGCCAGUUUCCUGGGUCGGGGCUGCUGGUGUUUGAUAAUGUUGGUCAUACUGCACACUUCCAGUCGAUUAAGUGUGUCUCUGAACACGAAAAGCGAUAUAUGCGCGAUGGAACCCUUCCGCCUGCGAAUACGGUAUGCGAGGUUGAGGAGCCCAAUCCAUGGAUCGCGCUUGCAAAGCUAUCCAAUGUCACUGGAGCUACACCGUUAUGA